UGUUUAAGGAUUAUUAAUGUUUGACAAGAGAAUUGGGUGUUGAAUAAUUGUGGGAUUCUAACCAUGGCUAUGGCUCCUACUAUCAAAGUGGUUCUAGGCUCGAUUGCGUUCGGUGUAUUUUGGGUUUUGGCUGUUUUUCCUGCUGUCCCUUUCAUGCCCAUUGGAAGAACAGCAGGAUCACUUCUUGGUGCCAUGCUCAUGGUUCUUUUUCAAGUCUUAACACCUGAUCAAGCGUAUGAAUCUAUCGAUCUUCCAAUUCUUGGUCUUUUGUUUGGGACAAUGGUUGUAAGUGUUUAUCUUGAAAGAGCUGAUAUGUUCAAAUACUUAGGUAAGUUGCUAUCAUGGAAAAGCCAAGGACCUAAAGAUUUGCUUUGUCGAAUUUGCUUAAUUUCUGCAAUUUCGAGUGCUUUUUUCACCAACGACACGUCAUGUGUUGUGUUAACUGAGUUUGUACUCAAAAUUGCUAGACAACAAAACCUCCCACCCCAUCCUUUCCUCUUAGCACUUGCUUCAAGUGCAAAUAUUGGAUCGGCUGCUACACCGAUUGGUAACCCUCAAAAUUUGGUUAUAGCAAUUGAAAGCAAGAUACCAUUUGGGGAAUUCUUGUUUGGGAUUGUGGCAGCAAUGCUGGUAGGCAUUUGUGUAAAUGCUGUGAUUCUUUUAUGCAUGUUUUGGAAGGUGUUAUGUGUUCAGAAAGAUGAAGAAGAACCUCCAAUGGAGGUAACCCCUGAAGAAGAUGUGAAUUCGCAUAGGUUUUCACCUGCUACAAUGUCACAUCUUACUCCAGAAAAUUCUCAUGAUCUUAAUGCUUAUCAUGAAGCCAUGAAUAGUUACAGCCUUCCAGCUAAAUGGAAGUUGAUAUUAUGGAAGAUAGGAGUUUAUGUUAUUACAGUAGCAAUGUUGGUUUCUUUUCUGGCAGAACUAAACAUGUCAUGGACUGCCAUUACAGAUGCAAUGGCUCUUGUGGUUCUUGAUUUCAAGGAUGCUAGACCAUGCUUAGAAAAGGUUUCUUAUUCACUAUUGGUAUUCUUUUGCGGGAUGUUUGUCACUAUUGAAGGCUUCGAUAGAACAGGAAUCCCAGAGGCGAUAUGGAACUUUAUGGAACCUUAUGCCAAAAUUAAUAAAGUUAGUGGUGUGGCGGUUCUUGCAAUUGUGAUAGUUGUUCUAUCAAAUCUGGCAUCGAAUGUGCCAACAGUAUUGUUGCUUGGAUCAAGGGUGGCAGCAGCGGCUGCUACUAUAUCACCGGAAAAAGAGAAAAAAGCAUGGCUGGCCUGGGUGAGCACUGUAGCCGGGAAUCUGUCGCUACUCGGGUCAGCCGCUAACCUGAUCGUGUGUGAACAAGCUCGCAGGGCUCAACACAGUGGCUACAAUCUUACGUUUUGGGCUCAUCUUAAGUUUGGUGUUCCUUCCACUAUUAUAGUUACAGCUAUUGGCUUGCCACUUAUUAGGGCAUAAAUAUAAUCAAGAUCAACAUUUUCAGCAUUUCCGGUCACUUCUCUGUAAACAGAUUUUCAAGCAGGAUCACUAGAAUUGUAUUAUAUGUAUUUGGUUGUACAGUAUGUGUAAGAUUGA